AUGGCAAUGACAAUGGCAAAUGCUUCUCUCUCUUCUUCAUCCUCGUCACCUCAUUUUAUUGGUAUAAAAGUUAUUGCCGACGACAUAUUGGAAAGUAACGAUCUUGAACUAAGUAGAACUAACCAAGAUGAACACCAAAAUGCGAAAACAUGGCCAACUUCGAACAAUGAUUUGAUGACUUACCCAAUUGAGAUACCAAAAGAACAAAAGAUCACUCCAUUAGUUUCAGCACUUGAAAAUGCAAUCCAAGAAAACUAUGCAAGUUUCCAAUUUCCAGGACAUAAUUUAGGACUUGCAGCUCCAUCAACGUUAACUCGACUCAUCGGUGAACUUCCCUUCCACUACGACUUGGGAGAAAUCGACGGCCAGUUUACCCCGGAAAGCCCGAUUUUAGAAGCAGAGAAGCAAGCAGCAGGGGUGUUUGGUGCAUCAAAGACUUGGUUUCUUCUAGGAGGUUCAACUUGUGGUGUUCUUGCAGCUAUUAUGGGUACUUGCAAUCCCGGGGAUACGUUGAUUCUGCCUCGAAACUGUCAUAUAUCAUCAAUCUCUGCAUUGUUCUUGUGUGGAGCUGUUCCUAAGUAUAUAUUCCCUGAUUAUGAUUCUCACUGGGAUGCUGCAACUUCAGUCUCUCUGUCAGAGGUGGAAAGGGCAAUCAAGGAAUUGGAGAUUGAAGGCCGAAAACCAGCUGCAGUUUUCAUUACUUCCCCAACAUACAAUGGAAUCUGCAGUAAUGUAAAAGAUAUAGCUGCAUUGUGUCAUUCACGGGGUAUACCUUUGAUUGUAGAUGAAGCUCAUGGGGCACACUUCGGCUUUCAUCCACAGCUUCCGGUUUCAGCUCUUCAACAAGGCGCCGAUGUAGUUGUGCAAUCAACUCACAAAGUGUUGAUGUCACUCACUCAAUCAUCAAUGUUACAUGUAUCACAAAGUUUACUAGUUGACAAGGAAAAAAUCAACAGAUGCCUUCAGAUUCUUCAGAGUACUAGCCCAAGUUUUCUGCUUCUAGCCUCACUUGAUGCUACUGCAGCUCAGUUAAAAGAAAACCCGGAAAUUGUCUUUGACAACGCGAUUCAGCUAGCAAAAGAAGCUAAAACCGCGCUGAAACAAAUUCCAGGCAUAUCAGUCCUUGAUUUUCCUAACACAGACCCCUUAAGAGUGACUGUUGGUGUACAUGAUCUUAAUGUUUCUGGCUAUGAAGCAAAGGACUUCUUAUUCAAGGACCAAAGGGUAGUCCCGGUUUUAACUGGAUCGCGUGCCAUUACAUUUUUGUUUACUCCAGGAAGCCGUAAAGAGCAUGUUACUAGACUUAUCACGGGGUUUUUGAACCUGUCAUCGUCCUGCAGGAAGGCUAAGAAGCAGGGGAUUGAGCGCGCUGCAAUACAACCAUUCGUUGAUAUUGAAAUUAAACUUACUCCUAGGGAAGCAUUUUUUGCUAAGAAAAAGAAGGUAGAUAUAAAAGACACCCUUGGGAAGGUCUGCGGCGAGCUGAUAUGUCCUUAUCCACCGGGCGUUCCGGUUAUGAUUCCAGGUGAAGUGAUAUCAGAAAAGGCUCUGAAUAUAUUGUUACAAGCUAAAGCAUAUGGUGCUAGAAUUACUGGAGCUUCUGAUCCUAAUUUGUCAUCUAUUUUAGUGUGUGAGGUCUAAAUGAACAUGUAUGGUAGUGAUUAUUAUUAAAUGUUUGAAUUUGCUUGAUAAAGAUUGAAGUGCAGUUAACAUGUGUUGGUUAAUAAAUUUAUAUGAAUUUGUAACUCCAAAGAAUUGUAUCUUGUUGUUGAU